CAUUGUGAAUACGAUCGUGGAUUUGGCAACCGUCAUGUUGGUGAUUGGCGUGCCGUGGAGGAAUUGGUAUAGAAACUGAUCGAAAUGUGAGAAAAUUGGAUGACAUGCGUAAUGAAUCAACGGUCUUGAGCAAAAUCGGGGAUCACUAUGACGUCAAGUUAGUUCAUCACCAAACUUGCUCUCAGCCAUUCGAACAUUGUGAUAGUGCAACAGAAACAUAUUGCUUGACGUUGAAUCACUCCUCAGCUUUCAGAAAUCUACAAAAUGAGUGAUCUCAAGAGACCAGAAGUAAAGCCAGUGCCCAAAGGACACCGAUGGAUCCUUUUCGUCUCGGGCCCGACAGCAUCCGGCAAGACUUCAGUCGCCAAGUUCAUAGCAGAGAAGCUCGAUCUCAAAUUCGUCGAAGGCGAUGAUUUCCAUCCAAAAACCAACAUCGAGAAAAUGAGCCACGGCCAACCCCUCACCGAUCAAGACCGCUACGGCUGGCUGCAAGCUCUCCACGAACACGCCACUCACCAUCCCAUCGGUCCAGGAACAGAACAUCUCGUCGUCACCUGCUCAGCACUUAAGCGCCAGUACCGUGAUAUGCUCCGCGAAGGAUCUGAUAAAGCCGGCGAUUUGCGAGUGCACUUCUUACAUCUUGAUGCACCGGAAGAAGUGCUCACAAAACGAGCUGCUGCGAGGAAGGGACAUUUUGCAGGACCUGCGCUUGUGCAUAGCCAGUUUGAGGUUCUGGAGAGGCCGACGGAGGAUGAGAAGGAUGUUUUGAUCGUCAGUGUUGAUCAGUCGGUUGAGGAUGUUCAGAGGGAGGCGUUGGAGAGAGUCAAGGAGCUGUUGGAUGAUGAUCCUGAGUGAUCAGACAGAGAUCAUUUGAAAACAUGUUAGAUUGUAAAUAGCUGCGAGAACUUUCAACAGUGCAACUUGAAAUUGCUUAUGGUUUUGGGAGUCUUAGGCUUCGCAGUUUCAACCUCUUCCAAAGGCGAACUAUCUACACAAGACUAUAUGAACCGCCACGCCUAACGUGUCUCCAAAUUGCAAUUGAUAAACGAGGUUAUAAUAAGCUUUCCGACUCUCUGCCAAUUGGAUGC